AUGCUACUUCCUGUCGUACGUGGCGUACGUGGCAAUGCUGAGGAUACCAGUGACUCCGAAUCUUCUGCUAUGGACAUCCAAAUUUUGGAUGAGAAUAUGGAACCUGGCCUAAGUACAGCAUCCCAGGAUCCAUUGCAGAUUCCAUCCCAGAUUUGGACGCACGCUCCUUCACAAUCUAUACCUCAGGAGCCGCAGUUCACAGUACAGAUCCCGCAAAGUCCAUUCACGGUGCGGGUUUCACAAAGUGCUUCAACGAUACAAUGGCAGCCUCCUACUCCCAACCCUCCCAACCCUCCCACUUCAAACCCUCCCCAAACGCCAGGCAACUCAGACGCCAUGAUGGCUGAUCCGGAUGCCACCCCAACGGCCGCACAAUUUGGAAGCGACGUAUCACUACAGCAUCCACCUUCCAAAAGGAAAAGACGUGCAGUGUCUUCUCAACCCAUCUUCAACCAAGAUCAAGAGAAUGGCGAAGACAUGUUGAAAACACUGCUUGAACAUCAAACAAAGAUGAUGCAUACGCUUUACGAUGGUAUACGGACAUCAAAUGCUGAAGUCGUCAAAAAGCAAGAUGCGAAAAUCGAUAAGUUGACUGAUAGCGUUCAGCAUAAUUCGACCGUAUUGGAUCGCGUUCUGGAGGCAUUGGAUAUUCAAUCAGUCAAGAACAAGGGCAAACAGCGGCAGGAGGAUAUGGACAUCGACAAAGAGGAGCGCUGUCAGGGUGACAGUGGCACCACAACGAAUGAAAAAAGCAAACCGGAUGACAAUCAUGCUGACACUGAUGGCUCGGGAGAUUCGACCCAGGAAACUCCUUUCAGUUAUGCCACGAAAAAGAAAGCAAGUCCUCGUUCAGGAGCCUGUCAAGUCCAUGCCGCGGGCCUCCAUUCCGCCGCUCGGUACUCCGAAGAUCCACUCGUUAUUGUAAUCUCACUCUUAUUGUUCUUUCUCGCUACACAUACCCUUUUGUCCUAG